AUGGCAAUUACGUCGAGUUCCCGUCUCACCCUCACGGCUUCACCCACCGUGAUCCAAUUAUCCAAUUCUGUGGCAGGCAAAGUGAGUUACUGUGCCGCUCAGCGAUCGAGAUUCAAGUGGGCCAAUGACGGCAUCUAUGGAUCUUCGUUGAGGAGCGAGAGCGCCAAUGAGGUCACUUCAUCCGCCACGCUAAGAAGCAUCUCCACUGUUCAGGGGGUUUUACAGGUGUUGUCACUGCUGGGGGGAAACGGAGUCUGCUCUGUUUCUGUGACGGGAGAGGCAGGCACAAGAUGCUACCGUACACCGUCAUAUCUCGCCUCACAUUGGGCUCUCACCACCGUUUUUGAUGCACAUCAAAGGAGAAAGGGUAAGGGGAGGAUGGAACAUCGUCAUGGAGCCUCAACCGUGCCCCACAAGCUUGUUCUUCACAAAAGUGCUGGUGGUGCAGAAACGCUUGAGCGUCUCGACCAAACAGAGGCCCGUGAUCUCGAGGUCUGGCCAGCAUUCUCCCCAUCUCAGCAGUGA